GCCACACAGCACCGCAGUGCCUAACAGGGAUGCCGACGGAGGAGGCUUCCAAGCUCCUGCAGUGACUGGGUCUGGCCGCGAGGGGUCCCUUCCCUUCAGACACAGCCUGGCACGCCCCGUCUGCCUCCCCCUCCCCCACGUGACUGUCUCUCUCCUGUGAGAGGAAGGCAGGGAGGGGGAGGGGCACCGGCCUCCUCCACUCUCAUCCCCCACCCCAGCGACUACAGUUCCCAGAAGGCACCGCUCUCUCACCUUUCCCCGCCUUGCGCAGGCGCCGAGCCCUUUCAAACGGCCGUGCGCCUCACGUGACCCGCUGAUAGCCAAUCGGGUUUGAAUCUGAUUUUUUAUCCGCCCCCUCCCCUCCCCGCAGCGCUUGUGUGCGAUCAGAUCGAUCUAAGAUGGCGACUGUGGAACCGGAAACCACUCCCAAUCCUCAGACUUCAGAAGAAGAGAAAACUGAAACAGCACCAACUCAGGAGGUUGCCAGCCCUGAACAGUAUAUUAAGCAUCCACUACAAAACAGGUGGGCACUCUGGUUCUUCAAAAAUGACAAAAGCAAAACCUGGCAAGCAAACCUUCGUCUGAUCUCAAAGUUUGAUACUGUUGAAGAUUUUUGGGCUUUAUACAACCAUAUCCAACUCUCUAGUAAUUUAAUGCCUGGCUGUGACUACUCACUUUUUAAGGAUGGGAUUGAACCUAUGUGGGAAGAUGAGAAAAAUAAGCGAGGCGGACGAUGGCUAAUUACACUAACUAAACAGCAGAGAAGAAAUGAUCUUGAUCGCUUCUGGCUAGAGACACUGCUGUGCCUUAUCGGAGAGUCCUUUGAUGACUACAGCGAUGAUGUAUGUGGAGCUGUUGUUAAUGUUAGAGCUAAGGGUGAUAAAAUAGCAAUAUGGACAACUGAAUGUGAAAACAGGGAUGCUGUUACGCAUAUAGGGAGAGUAUACAAGGAAAGAUUAGGACUUCCUCCAAAGAUAGUGCUUGGCUAUCAGUCCCAUGCAGACACAGCUACUAAGAGCGGCUCCACCACUAAAAAUAGGUUUGUUGUUUAAGAAGACACCUUCUGCGUAUUCUUUCAUAGGAGACUGCGUCAAGCAAUCGAGAUUUGGGAGCUGAACCAAAGCCUCUUCAAAAGCAGAGUGGACUGCGUUUAAAUUUGAUUUCCAUCUAAAUGUUGCUAAGAUUUGUGAGAAGUCUCAUUCGCCUUUGUCUUGUACUUCUGUGUUCAAUUUUUUUUCUAUUUUGGCUGAAGUAACCAUUAUUCAAUCAAAGGAUUUCAGUACACAUUACCCCCAGAAUCCAUAAAGGUUUUCCUGGCCCACUCUAAUAGCUUAGUAGGACAUUACUAUUACAAAAACAUUUGUUUAUCCACAAUAUUCAGAAAAGAAAAUGCAUCUCUUAUACCUUACAGAAAAAUUUACUUCUGUUUUAUAUUUGCAUUGUAUGCAGUGACAUAUUUUGCUGGUUUGGAAAAAAAAGUAUGGUGCAUAGAAUUUUCUAGCAAUUUUCUUAAUACAGCAUUGUCUUUGCUGUAACCUAUGCUGAUGGCUGCUAGACUUAAUUUAUUUGUUUCCCUAAUUGAUAACAUUAGUGAUACUCUGAUUUCAGUUGUUCUUGCUCAUGUAACAUUGGUGAAGGAUCUGGGAAUAUGACAAAGGUGGAAUAAACAUUAAUUUUGUGCAUUCUUUGGUAACUUUUUGUUUUUUUGUAACAUCAAAGCUUUGCUACAGACUUAUGCAUUUCAGUCAAAUCAGUGAUCUAUGUUUGUGUGAUUUCCUAAACAUAAUUGUGGAUUUUUUUAAAUGUAACACCAUAAAUUUACAUUCCUUACUAGAAAUAGUAUGUCUGUUUUUGUAUCUUAUGCUGUAUUUUAACACUUUGUAUUACUUAGGUUAUAUUCUUUGGUUAAAAAUGGCUCAAGUAGACAAGCAGUCCCAUUCAUAUUAAGACAGUGUACAAAACUGUAAAUAAAAUGUGUACAGUGAAUUGUCUUUUAGACAACUAGAUUUGUCCUUUUAUUUCCUCCAUCUUUACAGCAAAUAUUUGUACUUGUGACAAGGCAGUCUCUACUGUGGCUUCAAUUGUAGUGUGUCUUCCAAGAGAGAUUAAUAUGGAACUAUAGUUUAUUACUAUGGUUAUUACAAAAUUUUAAUAAAUCUAAUAGCUAGCACCAUAUUCCAAAGUGGAAUUACACUGAUUUGGCUAUUGUUUUUCUUAAAAUGGUCAGUCUAACUGAUCAUAGUGUGUUGUGCAGCUUCUUGGUCAGCGUACACAGAAUUCGAGGAAAAAGUUGCAAAAGACGCAGGGCAAAAGCCAUCUGGAUUCAGGUGGCAGCUACAGCAGCAUACCUACCUCUGGUAUAGCAGUUAUCAUCAGGAGAUCUCAGAGCACAUUACCAAAGGAUGGUGGUAUUCUCCACAUUUUACAGAUUUGGUGGAGGAGAGAUAGACUUGUCUACAGUCACUCAAUAGGCCAGUGCCAGAGCCAAGAAUAGAACUGUAAAUAAAAUGUGUACAGUGAAUUGUACACUAGGUCUCCAGAGUCCCACUCUGGUGUUCCAUAUAUUAGGCCAUGUUGUGCAUCUCGAGCACUGAAGUGAAUGAUGCUGUGUAAAAUCAUGUAGUUACUGUAUGAGAAGUUUCAAUAAAACUCAUUAAAGAAAAAUGGUAUAUAGGGAUAAAAUUUAACAAUCUGCUAUCAUGUCUUCCAUACCAAUGACAAAUUUCCUUCUGGCUGGAGCAGUUGAUGCAGAUGUCUGGGCAGAGGUGCUGGAGGUUGAACUGACUUCAUAGGGGCCAAUGGGAGAAAAUCUUAGAAGAGGCUAGUAAAGUUGUAUAACCAUUUAAAGGAGUACUUCCUAACAAACUUCUCUUUUCAUCAUUCCCAAAAUACAACAUAAUAUCUUAAGGCUAAUGAGUGGUGUGCAGUUAGACUAGUCUCUUAAAUUCUUACCAUUUAUUAAAUGGUAUGUGAAGAUCCUGCAGAGCUAUGUAUGUGGUCUUUGUAAGUAAACUGAAAAUGAGGGAAACUUAUUCUGCAGUUUGUCAGUUUCACAUUCUCACUAAGAGUUCUCUGCAUUUUUGUCUCAUUGUGGAACUUGUUACAUUAAGACUGAAAUCUGCCUCUUUCUGGCAAAAUGCUAUCAGAAUGGGAACAAUGCUUACCCACACUUGUAUUUCACCAGUAUAGCACUAGUGAGGGUGAACUCAAACUCUACAUAAUUUACAAGAAAUGGGGUCGUCUUCAUAAUCUGGACCACUUUUUCUCUUAAACGGAACUUAUAGAACUACUACUUGUAUUAAAAUCAAUGAUGACUGGAAACAGCUUGAUUUAUUUUAGUGUUAUGGCAAUAAAAACUAAUGUACCUUUAACAGAGCAGACACAUCUCUAAUGAAAUUGUGAACUGUCAAUGUAGUGACAAUCUACCUGUAAUGUCACUAAGCAGGGGCAAUGUCUUAAGUGGGGAGGACUAUCCCCUCACAUUUGUGCAGGACUGUAGUGUGACUACACAUUUGUAUUUUGAUUUUAUAGUACAAAUGGGGGGGGGGCUAUUAGCAGCCCUCUUUUGUGGAACUACUUGCAUUUAAAUUAUCAUUCCGUUGACAAAGUUUUAUUAUAGUACAUGGCACUUCAUAUUCCAUUUCUCUGCUCAGUUAUUCAGGUCUGCUUAUUAGUUUGCUGCUCCUUUGUUUCCUUUAUUUAUAUUCAAGAUGGAUGCUGUUUAAUGCUAAUUUGACCAUAAACUGUCGUAGAUGGUUCAUUGAGCUUUUUACUAAAUGUGCUUUGUCGUGUACCUAGUAAAUCUUAUACUUAGGGAAUAUUUCUAACUUAAAAGCUCUCCACCCCACUGUACUCUUCCCUAGGUAGAAAUAUAUGGCAUUGGAUUUUAUUUUAGAAAAUGUGCCGUUAAGUGUGAGGUGUAAGAGCCUGGUUUACUAAAGGGAGGAAGGUAAAUGUGAAAGUGUAGAUAAUCUGUAUUGCUUUUGUAGAGCGCUUUGAGGUCUACUGAUAAGUGCUGUACAAAAGUUGGGUAGUGUUACUUGUUUUUAAAUGUUUUAAAAGCUUCUAAACUAAAACUUGUUAUGGUGCGCGAACCCUAGGACAGUGUGACAAUUUACUGUUUUUAUUCAAAGUAGACUAUGUAAAAAUUCCCAAUUUGGUGUUUGGAUUUCUAUGUUGGAUGGGGAAAAGGACGGAAGAGUACUGAAAGGUUGUAUCGCUGUAGCAGUGUGUAGUGUAUUACUGUGGGAGUCUCAAGAUUUCUUAAAGGAUAGUAAAGCAUACCUUUCUAAAUAAGAUGAAUAAAUAUCUAUGCUGCUUCGGCAAUAGUUGAGCAAUAACUAUCUCAUAAAUCCUUAAUGUUGGUUAGGAUUAGUCAGUAAAUCAGAUAGGUUAGGCCCAAAAUUUAAUUACAAGUCCUCACUGAAAAUGUUUGGGUCUUAAAUAUUACCAGCAGUUUUUAUGUACCAUGCCUUCAGCAUUUUUCUAGCGACUUGAGUAGUCAAGAUUUCCAUCCUAGUCUCUGAAACCCUCAGUGAAAUUUUCAUGAGCAUUCUAGGGCUCUACUUCACUCUGUGACCAUGACCUUGCACAACUGUUAAGUUCAUCUGGAGGAACUGAAUUUCCUCCUCAAGAAUGAAACUUAGGAAUGCAAGAAACGGGUUUUUUCCCCUCAACUGUUCUCUGAGUUGAACUUACUGCCAGAAGAAACAAGUGACCAUGAACCUUGUUAUCCAACUGGGAAUGUAAAAUUCUUCCUUGUAUUCCUGGUAAUACCCGUGAUAUGGUACAUGCUUUCCAGACAUACGGGAGCAGUCCCUGCCCCAAGGAAUUUAGUCUGAAUAUUUAACUGAGCCAUUCUGCAAUAACCAUUUUUUAUUUUAAGUAUUUCUGUAACAUGCCAAGUUUGUCAAAUAUCCUGGUGUUUUGUGAACCAAAAGGUGUGAGUAAUUAAAAACUUAGUCACCUUUCAUUGUAAAGUAAAUCUGAUUUUAACUCAUUUGAAAAAAAAAAUUACUUUUAAA